AGUAUGAAGUACACUAUGUCAAAUUAAUAAACGUAUGUGUGUAGAUGACUUUAUGAAUAAAUUCUUCACAGAUUAUAAAUGUCUCGUUACGCCUACAUCGAAAAUCGUUUCGAUAAAUCGACAUGUAGUAUUCGUUAUUGGCUUAACAAGUAACAACUAACAACUGCAACUUCAGACCUAAGAAUGUUAGGUGUGAAGUAUGCACUGUUUUAACCGAGUAAAACUUUUCACUUUUGUAUUUUGCUAUUCAUGCACGCUAGAAAUAUUUAUAUGUGUAUUCUAUUAUGUUUAAUGUUCUUUUAAAAGACAGUAGUAGUGUUUAAGUUAAAUAUGGCUAAAGAAGGAGACAUGUCGCUGUUUAACGAUGUGUUGGAACCGUUUAGGCGGGUUAUAAACACCGACUUGCCAAAGGAUAAGUUGUCGGCGUCUGCUAAAUUAAAUUUUUCUGAUAGUAAUCAAUCUAUCAAAGAAGGUUCUACAACUUUAUUUUCGUCUACCAAGAGGAAAUCUGGCUUAGAAAAUCCAACUCCUGAAAAACGAAUACGUACAGAAUCAGGAUCGAAUUCUAAUGGUCCACCUCCAUCUCCAUGGGAAGCUAAAAGACUGAAAAUUGAUUUGAUAGCAGCCAAAGCACAGAUAACCAAGCUAGAAGCUCGUGUUAACCAUCAGCACACAAUACGUAAGGAAAUGCAAAUACUGUUUGAGGAGGAGAAAGCCUCUUUGAUAGAACAACACAAACACGAUGAAAGGGCUCUGUCGGAUAUGGAAGAUCGUCUCAAGUUGAUUAGACGAAGGGAACUCGAAAUUAAAGAAGAAUAUAACACGGCAACUAAAGAACACAAAGAGGCUAAGCUGAAAUGGGAAAAAGAUAGGAGUGAUCUUCAAAAGCAGAUAGCCGAGUUAAAAGACAAGUUGCUAGAAUCCGAUGUGAGCAGUAAGGAUCAGUUGUCGGAGAUGAAGAGAGAUAUGGAUGAAUUGUUACAGGCUCUUGAAGGAGCACAACAGGAGGUUCAAAUUCUGAAGAAGGAAGUGUCAAAACAAACGGCCAGGGCUGAACAAUGUUCAACUCUCCGCUCCCAGUUAGAGAAACAGACAUUUGAAUUGCAACAAAUUACUAACAAAUUGAAAGAACUGGAGUACGAGAAAGACUCCUAUAAGGAUUGGCAGCAACAAGUUAAGACGGCCCAGAAACGUCUUACAAAUAUGGCAGAGUUGGAGAAGGAAGUAGGGAGAUUACGAGCAGCUGAGCGAUCACUCAGAGACUCAGUGAGUAACAAGUUACUGCUUGAAGAACAAGUCCAUAUACUGAACACCAAGGUGGAGACAUUACAACCAGUCCAGCAGGAAUUACAUGACGCUAAGGUUAAAAUAGCAUCACUGGAGUCUACUCUGGAAGAGUGGAAGAACGUUGCUCGCACACAUGGCAUAGAGAAUGCCAGGUCGCUAUCAUCAGCUCUGGACUCUGCUCUCAGCAGUCAACUGACCGCUGUGGCUGGAUGUUCACAAGCACAGUCACAAUCUGCUCAGCUCAGUGAGGAAAUUGCUACAGUCAAGUUCGAACGCGAUAAGGCGACUACGAAGCUGAACGACCUGCAAACAGUUCGUAAGAACCAGGAGAGUCUGAUACACCGGCUGCAGAAACGACUUCUGCUGGUUACGAGAGAGAGAGACAGCUACAGACAACAGCUGGACUGUUACGAGAAGGAACUGACGGUGUCUAUAAGCGGAGCGGGCGAGUCCGCGGGCGGGGCCGCACUGCUGGCGGCGAGGGUCGAACAGCUAGAGAAAGCGUUGCAAUCCUACCGCGACCUGCUAGCGUUACACGACCACGAUCCAAACGCUAAGGCCCUGGAAUUGGCUCGAGCUGAAACAUCUAAGUACCGGGAGGAAGCGGAGGCCGCUAAACGGGAAGUCGCCAAGCUUAGAGCCCAAAGAGACCAACUGCAGAUGCAUUUUGAGAAACUUGCUGCGCCUACAAAAAUACUACACUUAGCUGACAACCCUGCAGCGGCCGCUCAGAAACAGAUGCAACUUGAAUUGGAGUCGGCGCAGGAAGAGAUAAAGAAGCUGAAGGCUGCACUUCGCGACGGAGGGUCCAGCGCUGGUGAUGACGCGCUCCGAGCACAGCUUGAAAAUAGUCGCAUCAAGUUACAGAGGAUGAAAGAGGAAUUUACAUCUUCAGCCCAAGAGUAUCGUGAUGUGUGUUACAUGCUGCUAGGCUACAAAAUAGAUAGAACUGGACAUAAGAACUAUAGGAUAUCAAACAUGUACGCUGAGUCCUCAGACGAGUAUCUGACAUUCACGCUGUCUGAUGAUGGCAUUGAAAUGGUACACACGGAUUAUUCAACAACAUUGGGAGACUUGGUCGAGUUGCACUUGCAUCAGAACAGAUCGAUACCCGUGUUCCUCAGUGCUCUGACCAUGGAACUGUUCACCAGAAUAACUAUGCAGCAGACGCAAUGCUAGACCAAGAAUCGGUGGAGAGACAGACCUAUUAGUGUUCAAGUCAGGACCUUUUAGAAAAUUGUAAAAUAUUAUGUAUCUGUGUGUCACUUUACAUAAUCAUUGUAAAGUGCUUGGUGUGGGUUACGUUGUAUAAAAUAGUUAAAUGCUGUAUGUAUAAUUGAGACUAACACUAUUUUUAUUAGAAACGGAAUUUUUUGAAUGUCCGAGGUAUGUUGUGAGGAUUUUUUUGCAUCAAUGUAUGUUAUAUCAGUGAUUAAAAGUAGCGUAGUUAUCUCAUUUGUAUAUAGUACAUUUAUUUCAUGCUAGCAAUUUUUGAACUUUAAACUGCUGGCUGAACAGAUAUCUUAAAUGUGAAAAAAAUAAUUGUAUUAUUAUAGAAAAACAGCAUUGUUUGUGUCCGUAGCAAUGAAGAUGAGUACAUUUUCUCCACAAUUCUAAAGGCAUUUUAUAUAAGUAUUUUCAAAAUUUUUAUUGUGAUAUAUGUUGAAUUAUUUUCAGUACUAGAAUUAUAUUGCAAUUCACUAAUUAAAUUUGCUUUUCAAUCUGCCUCGGUUUGUUUUUCCGAAAUGUAUUUAUUUCUUAUGUAAAUUUAAGGAACAAGGCUUUAUUUUGUCUCACUUCCUUUUAUUUCCUUCUUAAAUAAUCUAAGUUUAUAGGUUUAAUUUAUUGAUAAAAAUACUUAUUGCUGAAACUGACUAUUUUUCAAAGGGUAGUCGUAGUCUAUAGAAUUUUCAUAAUUAUCUUUAACUUCAUUCCAUAAUAUACAUUACUCAUUAUCCUCAGUUCAUUUAUUUUUUGUAAAUUUAAAUAAUAAUGUCGCAAUGAAAGUUAGGUUAUCUACUAAGAUAUUUCCUAUAUGUAGGUAUAUUCAUUAUUUGUAUGUCAGAUAACAAUAUCAAUAGUUAAGUGAUAUGAAUAAAGUUUCAAAAAACGUUUUAAUAUUA